AUGCUCUUCUUAUCCCUAGCUAUACCACCGGAGAUGUUUAGACUCUUAUCAAGACCACAACAGGUUUUCAAAACACAACUACUAACAAUACCACAAUACUAUUCAACAAAACCAACUCCUCCACUUCCCAAGAUAAAUAAUAAAAAGAAUACUGCUAAAAAAGAGAAACGAAAAGCAACUAUCCAAUUAGGUCAAGAAGUACCACUAGAUCUAUAUCGUCAAUCAAUACUUCAAAAUGAUAAGAAGAAAAAUCCAGAUGAUUUACCAGAAUAUAUAAAAAGGAAAAGAACACUACAAAAGAAGCAUGGGAAUACGCCUUGGAAUCCUAAAAGAAGAUUAUCAAGAGAAGAUAUGGAUAAGUUACGUCAAUUGAAGGAAAUUUUCCCCAAUUAUAAAACCAUUGAUCUAAGUAAGAUUUUCCGUAUUUCACCUGAAGCCGUUAGAAGAAUUUUGAAAAGUAAGUUUGAAAAAGAGUAA